AUGCCACUCUCUGAUAAUAAAUACACGGUAUCGAUCUUGGGCUGUGGUACCAUGGGUACUGCUGUUCUUAACUCGAUUUUGUCGAAUGAAGAUACUUCGAUUAUUCCAACCAAGAUCAUCACUUUGACCAAGAGCGCCAGAUCCAAAGAAGCAUUGAAAGAGAAAUUCGGCAACAAGAUCCACACUGAUAUUGACACCAAGGAAGCCAUUUUGCAAUCGGAAGUGGUGGUUUUGGGAUUAAAACCAUUCUUAUGUGAAAGUGUCCUUGAAACCCUUAAAGAUGAGAUCAAAGGGAAGUUGAUCAUCUCGCUCGCUGCUGGCUGGACCAUCGAACAACUCAGCAGUUAUUCCAGUAAAGUUGCCAGAGUGAUGACUAAUACUCCAGCAAAAUUUGGGUAUGGGAUGGCAGCGAUUGCCGUGAGCGAUGAAGUAUCGGCCAAUCAGCACAACGAGCUCGAUACCGUCAACAAGUUGAUUGGCAAUGUGGGUAAAUCUAUUGUGAUUCCUGAAUCUAAAAUGGACUCAGCCACCUCAUUGAUUGGCUCCGGUCCAGCAUUUGUCUUGUUAAUGAUCGAAUCGAUGAUUGACAGUGGGAUCAAGAUGGGAUUCAGCUACGAAGAGAGUAGAAAAAGUGUUUUGCAAGUGAUUGAAGGGACUUGCAAGAUGACAGAAGCCACCGGGUUACACCCAGCAGUGUUAAAGACCCAAGUCUGUACUCCUGGAGGCACCACCAUCAAUGGAUUGGCCAAGAUGGAGGAAAAAGGUGUCCGCAGUGGGAUUGUCCAAGGUAUUGAGGAAGCUAAAAACGUUGCCGCUUCUCUUGGUAAGAAAAAAUGA